GUUAUUUUGAAAUUCUUCAUUAUAUCGAUCGAAUGAAGGUAUCUUAUAUUUCGCAAAUAGAUGUUCCACAGGCGUUUGUGGAGUUGAUGGACUAUCAGAGCAAGUGGAGAGAUGUGGAACGCUGGGAUGCCGCCCGUGGGAAAGGGGAGUUUGCCGGAUCCACGUCCGCUGGUUCACAUGAUUGAGCUCCAUUGUCCCGUGUCAGCCUCCAGACUUCCGGAUACCUAGCUUCGUGAUGCGACUCGGGUUGGUGGUAUCUCUCCAGUAUCUUGAUGUCAAGCACUUCCAUCAACCAGAACAUCCCGUCUUGACUGACUGACAACUGCAAGUCUCAACAGCUAAACCACCCCACAUCACUAGCUCUCCAAAAACCCCAACCUUGGCACUUGGCGUCCAGUCCAGUUUUCUUCUUCUCCCCUCGCAUCCUCAGCCAAGACAACCACCAGCCAGCACUGCGCCGCAACCCAAAUCACCUGCAACCAUAUCCGUUAUCUUGCAUCUUUUUGUAUACCUCAUCUCAUCAAUAUCACCACCAAAGAUGGGGAUGGACGAGAAAUACCCCGUUGGCAACCCCGGAAUGCCGCUCAUCCCACCGCGUCGCGGCCUCAGCCCAGGACGCUUCCUCCUCGCUGUCGCAUAUCUUGUUGUUGUCGGAUUCAUCUACUGCUUCUUCCAGCAGAACCCAAACCACCCGCUUCACUCAUACACCGCCCAUCACCAUGCCGCUCAGCAACCCUCGGCGCCUGAGACGGUGAUCAAGAUGGUGGAGCCUAGCGUCAAAAGGGGGUUGGUUCCCCUUGAGGCGCAUAUCAUGUCCAAGUGCCCUGAUGCGAAGGACUGCCUCCGCGACCUCGUUCUCCCCGUCAUGCAAAAGACUCUCGACAAGGUCAACUUUACCCUCUCGUUCAUCGGCCGACCAACCGAACACGAUGACGGAGUGGCUUGCAAGCAUGGCGCAGAGGAGUGCCUCGGCAACAUCAUUGAGCUCUGCGCCCAAAGCCUUUACCCAGACCCCAAGACCUAUCUCGGGUUCGUCAUGUGCUUAACCAAGGACUACCGCCACAUCCCCCAGCGUGGUUUGAUCGAGGACUGCGCCCUCGAGCAUGCCAUCGACUUUGACAAGCUCAAUGAGUGCGCCACCAAGGAUGAUGGCGCCUAUGGGAUGGGUAUGCUCAGAAGCAGCGUCAGGAGAACCUCGGCGGCCGGCGUGACCAAGAGCUGCACCGUCCGCCUCAACGAGGAGAUCUACUGCGUCCGCGAUAACGGCCAGUGGAAGGAAUGCCCCCACGGCUCCAGCGUCAAUGACCUCGUCAUUGCGAUUGAGAAGCUUUACCACCGGCGCGCUUGAGCGGCUCGAACACCUCGACCCACAGAUCGCUGGCCUCGCCCAGAGUGUAGCUCAUUGUAGCCCGGUCCAUGCCCGCUUCGUCCCCGCCACCCAUCGUCUCCAACUGCGAUAUAAUGCUAUCUAAUCCAACCGCCUUACCCGUCGCCUGCGUGGCGCCCGCCUCGAGCUGCACGUGCACAAUGUGAAUAUGAAAGUGGUAAUAUGUGGGCUGGUAGUGGACAUAGAGUUUCAGCUGGUCAGCCUCGAUGGAUGGGUACACCUUUGUCGUUGCCUCGAUGAACUUCUCCUUCAUGUGGUUCAGCCAAGGGAUGUGUUUCUUUUUCAGGUCGCGCAAGGACCAAAUGUCUCUUCUCUCCACCAGACCCAGCAAGUGCAGCGCAUCGAGGGUCUGGCGGUCCCAGUUCAGGUCGGGCAGCAACAAGAACCCUUCUUCGUUGAGGGAAGCAGCAUCGAACGGUGUGCGGUAGAUGACAUCCUCGACCUCGGUCCUCCCUUCAACAAUAUUGAACACCCAGUUCAGACGGCUGGCGUCGCGCUGGGCUUGCAUGUACGGCCUGACACGCUCGAGGUAGAUUUGCGGUGUUUCGGAGACGAGGCGGACGCCCUGUUUGGAGUAUUUCUUGAUGUGCUUUUCGGUGCAGGGGUGGAUGAGGUUGAUCUUGAGGUCGGCCGUCUCGUCGGAUGGGUUCUGGGAUGAGGAAUUGGCGAGGUACCAAUGGUAGAUGUCAUUAGCACCUAGGUUCUUGAGAGUUUGGAGGGUGGUCGGGACUGAGGCGAGGUAAUCGGGGGAGGAUGGGAAGGGGGCACGCUCGAGGAUGAGGAGGGCGGGGAGAGAGUCGAUUGUGCCGAGGAGGGAGGUUCGGCGGCCUGCUUGGUCUGAGGUUGUGGGUGGUUAGGACGUGGUUGAAUAGCGGAAGUGAAUAUGGUAGAGAGUAAUACGAAG